GAAUUUGCGUUUUGGAUUUUCAGUUCUGUUCGAGUACGUGAGAAUGAAAGUAACACGUUACCAGGUACGUCGUGCGGAUCGUACUCGGGAAUAUCUUCCAAAUCGUCAACGCCAAGGUUACGCCUACCACAUCUGAAUAUGAACUGAAGACAAUCAACUAUUAGUUUCUUCGAUGAUCUCCACAUAAUAGUACACUAUACAUUUUGGUGAUAGUUAUUUUGUGUCGAAUUUUAUUGUCAUGUCAAUCACAUCGUAGAAUUAAUUUUGAUACAUUCAAGUGUUUAUAAAAAUUCUUUUUAAAUUUCCACUAAACUGAUCCUAAUUAUUAAUCGACGUUUGCCGGUUAUCGUCGAUAUGUUUGACAGGUUAGAUCCAACGUUCAAUGUCAUACACAAAUUCAGUGACAGAAUAUUGCGGACAAUCCAAAGAUCCGAAAUAAAACACUUUGAAUUUUGAAUUCCGCGCCGCCCGAGACACCCGAGACGUGUUGCUACCUAUCGGUGCUUUUUCAAAUCUCUUGUCCCGCGCUUUUUCGUGGUAAACAAACGACGGUCAAUUGUCUUCUUCGGUAUCGGCAAUUGUGAUCGCUCGACAUGGCUGGAGCCGACGAAAAUGACGAGCCGAUGGAGGUCGAGGUCGUGCCGUCAACCAGCGGCUUGAAUCAGAAGAGUAAAUCGAGUUACAGAGCCUCGCAUUUGCCGUGGGUGGAAAAGUAUCGUCCCCAAGUGUUUUCAGACAUAGUGGGCAACGAGGACACGGUUGCGCGGUUGUCUGUUUUUGCCCAGAACGGAAAUGCGCCGAAUAUAAUCAUCGCUGGGCCGCCUGGAGUGGGAAAGACAACGACCAUCCUCUGUCUAGCUCGAGUUCUUCUCGGGCCAGCUUUCAAGGAUGCCGUUCUUGAGCUCAACGCGUCCAAUGACAGAGGAAUCGACGUCGUACGAAACAAGAUCAAGAUGUUCGCUCAACAAAAGGUCACCCUUCCUCAAGGCAGGCACAAGAUAAUCAUACUCGACGAAGCGGACAGCAUGACCGAUGGCGCUCAACAAGCCCUACGCCGAACCAUGGAGAUCUACAGCAACACGACCAGGUUCGCACUCGCCUGUAACAACAGUGAGAAAAUCAUCGAACCCAUACAGUCACGAUGCGCUAUGUUGCGGUAUGGAAAACUGUCCGACGCCCAAGUCUUGGCCAAAAUCAUUCAAGUCUGCGAAAAAGAGAAUGUAUCUUACACUGACGAUGGAUUGGAAGCAAUUGUGUUCACUGCUCAAGGAGACAUGCGACAAGCGUUGAACAAUCUGCAGUCGACUCACAACGGGUUUGGACAUGUGAAUGGAGAAAAUGUGUUUAAAGUGUGCGACGAACCGCAUCCCCUUCUCGUUAAAGAAAUGCUUGAAUUAUGCUCAAAGGGAAACAUCGAUAAAUCGUUUGGGGUAAUGUCGCAUUUAUGGAGGAUGGGAUACUCCGCUGAGGAUAUUAUUGGAAACAUAUUCAGAGUCUGCAAAAAUCUCGAUAUAGAUGAGAAAAUGAAGCUUGAUUUCAUCAAGGAAAUCGGUUUAACGCAUUUAGGCAUCGUUAAUGGAAUGAACAGUCUGCUUCAAAUGCAGAGUCUUUUGGCCCGCCUGUGCCGAAUAGCUCUUAAAAAGUAACAAGAAAAAUCAACAUUCUUUGAAUUAAUAUACACUAGCUAUAGUAACGUUUAAGUACGUAUCAAUAAAAUAAUUUAUAUAUUUUUAA